AUGGGACCUACUUUACCUGCGCAGGUCGAGAUGGAGAGCCCUUUAGCAGGGCCAAGCUCAAGGCCUUUCUCAAAUUUUCAAACAUCAUCAUCCCAAGGUCCACAACAUCUGCAGCAGCAGCAGCAUCGCGUAGUAUUUCAGCCGAGUGCUGUGUCAGGCGCGCCUUCGGCUUUGGGCUUUGGCUUUGGCAUUGGGUCUUCACUAGGCGGGAACAAUGAGCUCCGCACAGUCUUUCAAGCGACUCCGUCCGGCGCUAAAAAUACAGUCGGGUUCGGCUCGGGACUUGGUGGGGCGGUUGGCAGCCCUCCUUACUCUUUUGCCAACAGGCAAACAGCCACAAAGUCACAAGGACCGUUUUGGGCCUCACGCAGCUCGCAAGUGCAAGCGGCUGCUGCCGACAGUCAUCCAAAGCGAAGAAAGAGUAUCAGCUCAGAUGAGAGUGAUGAUGACGGAGACGCAAGCAUUUCAUCGCCGGGAAAGCGAAGACUGGGAGUUGCAGCAGGAAAUGGCAGCCAACUACACAGGCUUCUUUCGAAUUCACAGCAAAGCGACGCGAGACAGCUGGUCCCGAAGAAAAUGCGCACAGGCUUUGCUGCCAGUCCAUCCUUGCUUGACGAUCUCCGCCAGUCGCUUCCAACCCAGGCGCCAAUCCCCUCCCAGCCUGAGCAAGAUGACGACUUUCUACUUGCCUGUACGUUGAAAUCUUCAGCUGUGGCAAGCAGCGAGUUGCAACCAUCGCGCCGUUGUGCCGCGGCGAAACGCCCCGCCAGCGCUGUCGCAAAGGACGCUUUGGCAAGGACAGCAGCCAAGUGCGAGCUUGAUGUCGGCGAGAUGCUCUCCUGGAUGGACAGGCCAUCGCUCCUCUCUCUGCUACAGCGGCUCCUGGAUGAAUCGCAUGACCGCGACGCGGUCCGAGAGCAGAUUAUCCAUUUGCUUCCCAAUCCGACGCUGGAGAUUGCCAAUGCUGCAUUAGACGAGGCAGAGAAAGGAGUGCACACAGCUAUGCCAGGAAAUGUGCCCAACCUGCGACCAGAAUAUGUUUGGAGUCGAAUCCGGAGCCCCAUCGCUGAAUUUGCGAAGACGGCGCUCCGGUACCUGCCCUUUUUCGGCGUCGAAAGCAAACCUGUGCACGGAUAUGAUCAUUCAUCCUCUCCGUCUCCAUUACCAGCCCCAACCCAUCCCGCCACUUCUUUUGCCUUCCUUCACACCGUCACCUCUCGCGCUCUUUCGCUUGAAGCAAUGCUUCCGCCCGUACCCUCGUCCUUUCUUACUUUCCCGGAGUCAUCAUCGCUCGACACAUCUUGCGGAGCAACCACUUACACGGAUAUCAAUAUCUUCUCAUCGGCAUCUGGCGAAAAGUCUUUCGCGUCGUACAUUCCAACGCCCCUGCGCAGUCCUGCAAGCCCCGACGCCAUCUUUACGCUCCUUAUGCCGGCACUUCUGAAUGCCUGGCAGGCAUUCGGGGUGUACAUUUCACACGCAGCAAAUGAGCAAGGGCGCAUAUUUAGCCAGGAGCACCUCACCUCUUGGUUCGAGGCGCUCAGUUCACUUUCAAUUGCUACCCCGCAAGGUGGUGACGGUACGCAGGGCGAAGGGAAGGUGGAGGUUCGGUUUAUUCGCCAGGCGGCUGGACACCUCGGUCAAAGGCUGUAUGCAGACUGCGGGUGGAUGCUGGGCAAGCAUCGUGCCGCAGCUGAGCACUCCGGUCAGCACCACCAGCAGCCCUCGACGCGAAAGAGGAGAGGGAGCUUCAUGGAUGAAGGCGAGCACGAAGAGCUGUGA